UCUCUCUCUCUCUCUCUCUCUCUCUCUCUCUCUCUCUCCUCACAGGGGGAAUUUAAUUUCCUCCUAUUUUUGGUGUUGGUGAGUUAUAGAAAUUGAUAGAUAGAUAGAUAGACAGACAGAUAGGCGUGACAAAUAUGAAUGAAGGGGCUGGAGAGGAGCUUCUGAGCCUAAGCUUAGGCCUCAAUAGCUCAUGGUGCACAAACACAACAAAGAUGAAGAGAAAGGCAAAAGAUGAUCAUGAAUAUUCGAACCCAGCAUGCAACGUUACCACCAUGCAAGAUGUAGAAGACAACAAGUUCUUCAACUUACUCCACAUGAGGGAUCAAAUGCUAAAACAUGACCCCAAGAGAUCAAAUGGGGCGCUAGAAGGUACUACAAAUGGCCUACAACUCAUUCAUCUGCUUCUAUUCGCCGCGACCGCGAUCAACAAAAACAACACGAGUUCCGCCGUCGACGCUUUGCAUGAGAUCUACAAGAAUGCUUCUUUCCAUGGCGAUUCGAUACAACGAGUCGUGGCCUACUUCGCCGAUGCCUUAUCCGUGAGAAUUCCCUCUCCGAGAUCUCCACUUUACCACUCUAUCGUAGUUUCUCCGACGCCCGAAGAGGAGUUCUCCGCGUUCACCGAGUUCUACCGAGCUUCGCCGUACUACCAAUUCGCGCACUUCACGGCGAACCAAGCGAUAGUCGAGGCAUUCGAGAACGAAGAGAAGCGCAACGGAGGUCGAAUUCACGUUAUCGAUUUCGACGUAUCAUAUGGCUUCCAAUGGCCCUCUUUGAUCCAAUCUUUAUCCGAUAAGGCCAGUAGUAGCAAACCGAUCUCUCUUCGCAUAACAGGGUUCGGAAGAAGCGUCGACGAGCUCGAAGAAACCGAAAUGAGGUUGGUUAACUUCGCGAGCGGUUGCAAUAACUUGUUCUUCAAAUUUGAGGGGAUUUUGAGAGGUUCUUCGACAUGCAAUGAUAUUAGGAUUGAGAAGUACUCGACUCUCGUGGUAAACUUAGUGUUCUAUCUCCAAAAACUAAGUAGCUCUAACGAGAUGCAUGAUACAUUGGCUACUAUACACUCAUUGCACCCAUCUUUGGUUGUGUUAAUAGAGAGGGAAGGUAACCAAAGCCCGCGAAGCUUCGUAUCGCGAUUCAUGGAGUCUUUGCAUUACUACGCCGCCAUGUUCGACUCGUUAAACGAGUGCCUCCCACCGGAGAGCGUCGAGAGGCUCAGCAUUGAGAAGAACCAUUUGGGCAGAGAGAUAAAGUGUGGUAUGGAUCAAGAGGAUGGAGAAGGGCACUUUAAGGUGGAGAGUUUGAAACAAAGGAUGGAGAGAGUAGGGUUUGAAGAGAUGAAGCUAAGUUCAAGAACAGUGAGCCAAGCAAAGCUACUACUGAAGAUCAAAAGCCAUGGUUCAACAAUGGGGUGUGGUUCUAAUUGUGGGGGAUUUAGGGUUUUGGUGAGAGAUGAAGGGAGAGAGAUAUCUCUAGGGUGGCAAGAGAGGCUUCUAAUAACAGCUUCUGGGUGGAGUUGCAGGGAGUGAUUAAUUGGAGUUUAAUUAAUUACUUAUUUAUUUGUUAAAUGCUUUUUUUGAUAUCUUGAAUAUUUGUGAUA